UCCCUGAGACGACAGCGUACACGUCAUCACUACGCGCCACAGGCACGUUUUCACAGAUGUUGGGCUGAUUUGUGUUUGUUUGGGGUCUUUGGAGAAGAUGUCGGUGUUUCACGACGAAAUAGAGAUCGAAGACUUUGAAUAUGACGAGGACACGGAGACGUAUUACUUCCCGUGUCCCUGCGGAGACAAGUUCGCCAUCACUAAAGAGGAUCUGGAGAACGGCGAGGAGGUGGCGACGUGUCCGAGCUGCUCGCUCAUCGUUAAAGUCGUGUACGAUAAGGAGUCGUUCAUGUGCGGAGAAAUCAUUGAAGCUCUGUCAUCAUCUUCAGAAACCAAACUGGAGCUGCUUCAGUCCUGACCUGAAACACAGACUGCUUCUUUAAAUCCACUUCUGACUUAGUGUUCAGUUUGAUUUCGACCUCUACUACUUCUUCUUCUUCUUCAUUUUCUUCUUCUUCUUCAUUUUCUUCUUCUUCUUCAUUUUCUUCUUCUUCUUCAUUUUCUUCUUCUUCUUCUUCUUCUCCGAAUUCUUUUUCUGUGGAUUUUAACUCUUUUAUCAGAAACAAACUUUUGUUUUUGUUUCAGUCUGAACUCCCAGAAUGCAUCAUGUCGGCUUUUCUUGACUGAUUUCAGUGAAAUUAUGUUUUUCCAAGAUGAUGCGUUCGAUUGCUGCUGGGAAACUUGAACAUCUGACAGACAAGCUGUAAAUAUGUCUCGUAUUAGAUUAUUAACUUAUAUUUUAUUGUGAAUGUUUGUGCUUUUUGGAACCAAAUUAAAACAUUGAACAGUG